UCGUUUCUAAGCGAUGGGAAGCGUGAUCGACGAACCGGAGGUUAUGAAGUGUACGCUCUCGUGCCACGGACACGGUCCACCAAGUAAGUCGUUAAUCGUCUUUGAAACGCGGGAAACGACAAUCGUGAUGCUUGAUUAAUCAGAGAGAUGUGUGUUCGAUCGUUCGCGUUUUCCUCGUUGAACCAUGAUAUAACCUCUACGGUGUACUGUAUACGCUGGUGAAUUACAUUGCAGGAGGUGGAUAAAAUGGUGAAGUAGAACUGCUUCCGGUUCGGAACUCGAGAUGGAGAAGUGACUGUUCUUUUUUUUAUCCUGGAUGGAAUCCUUCGGAGUAGUUGUAGAUGUUUCGUGCGAUUAUUUGACCAAAGUGAACUACUGGUUUGUUGUGCUGGAUCAGUGCUACGAGUGUGUGCUUUUGUCGCCGUUUUGACCAGGAUUAGCUGUGCUGCGAGUUAUUUCGACCCACCAGACACUUAAUUCCUGGCAUGCGUAGGCCGAAGGAGGAAGCAGGGGGUGAAUUGAACAGGACCGUGGAGCAUGGCGUAGCGUUCGUUUUGGGGGUUGCUGGCAGAUCAAAGCAGACGAAAGAGGGUCUGUUCGCUCUCGAGCGAUUCGAGGGCCGGUGAGCAUCGCGACGGGGCGAGCAACCCCGUUGCCUCGGCCAACGCGUAACAACCCUCCUCCCGUCUGUCACUGUCGACGAACAACAGAACAGAUGUCCUGACAGCGGGCCCCGGGCCACCAGGAUGCCGACAGACGACGACUAUGGCCGAAGAGAACGUCUCCUACUGCACCAACAUCCGAUCUCUCAAUACGGGCCCUCGUCAUCUCCGGUUCCAGGAUCGAACACCGGGGCAUCCGGAAGCGUGGGCUCGCAGAUCGGUUCAACCGGCUCCUCAGACUGUUACAAACAGCAGCAGCAGCAGCAACAGCAACAGCAGCAACAACCAGCGCAACAACAGACGGACCUACGACCGGUGGGCAAUGCAUCAACCGGUUCUGGGCAGGAUCGUUACCAGUCCGAGCAACAGGGUCAAAGUAACGAGCACGUUGAUUAUGGAGGCCGCGAACGGAUGUCCGGCAUCGAGCGGCAAGACAAGUCGACGGACAAGCCGACUAUCGACGAUUUCCCAAAAUCCUGCCCGGAGAGCCGCUCGAUACAAGCCGGCUGCGAGCGGUUCGGCCAUUAUCAGAAUCAAGAGAGAUACGGUCAGUCCUCUCUGCAAACGCACCAUCAGUUCACCCCGGGGAGAUCGGGCUCGUCGAGCGGGCAAACACUGUCGCAGACGGUUCUGGGCGAGCGUUUUCCACGAUUCAACGAGCUGGCCGGGCUGCACGGGGAGCAGAGACUAUCGCUGGCCCCGAGCGAACGUUUUCAGCCGGCUGCCGGGGGCGAGUUACGCUUCCACCAUUCCGGGAACGAGCUGGUGUCGUCGGGGAACGAGUACGCGAACGCCAACAUCCUGGUGUCGGGAUGCGCGACAAGUCCGUUCUCGUCAGAGACGUUUCCCUCUCCGCCGUCACCGGCGCCCGCGAACGACCGUUUCGUGCCCGUGCCCCCGCCGCCCCUGUCGCCCAGCCCGAGCGAGAAGUACGCCUCGACCCAGAGUCUGGCUGGUUAUUCUGCUGUUGAUAGGAUUCUGCCCCCAAGUUCUCCAAGCGCCCGAUAUGGCGGCGGCACGGCACCAGGCUCCCCGAUGCCAGCUAAGGAACGAUUCUCCUCGGCGGAGCGAUUACUGGCCAAUCAGCAGCCGUCGGGCGGCAUGCACGAGUCCAAGGAUCAGCAACGAUACGCUGGAACCAACGAUCGACUAUACGGCGCCAUCUCCACGGACAGGUUGCUCUCCUCGUCGCCCGUACACGCUCCGGUGCCGGAGAGGUUCGCCGGCAAGUCGACGGACAGGUACAUCGGUGAUUCGCCCGUUCACGAACGAUACCAUAGACAGGAGGCGUCGUCCGGUGUUCAUCAUGAUCGUUACACGACGAUAUCGUCGAACGCCGAGAGAUUCCUCUCGAGCUCACCCAAUCCAGAGGCCCCGCAUCAGCGAUACUCGUCGACGGAGAGGUCUCUGCAAGCGUCCAGCGGCGCCAACGAACAGAGACGAUUGUACACGGACCGCGGAGUCGAAACGGUUUGCCAGAAGUAUACCGAUCGAUCCAACGGCUCCCCCGUGCCCACGGACUUCGGUAGAUACUCCAGCUUUCAAGAAGUCGCCAACACUCAGUCCAGGUACGUCAGCACCGGCGAUCGUUUCAACGAGCUCGCGAUACAACGGUGCGGUCAGUCGCGAGCCAACGACCGAUUCUGCGUGUCCACCGAUCGCUAUCUGGCGAACUCCUCUCCUGGACACGACGGAAGGCUCACCGGCACCGACUCCAGGUACGCCGUAUCCGCAUCGUCCACCGAACGACUGCUCUCGGCUACCUCCUCCUCGUCCUCGUCCUCCAGUGACACCGUCGCCAGGUAUCACUCAUCCUACGCGAACACCACCGUCACGCAAUCGUCCUCGUCCAACGACCGCUUCACCUCCAUCUCGCCCACACCCGACACCGGAACCGCCACCCUCAGAGUCGGAACCUCGACCGCGAACUCGUCCGCGACCGCGACCGGAACACCCGGUUCCAGCUACCAGACCGCGACCAAGACCGGCGUGGACAAGUACCUCCAGGUGUCGAAGUCUAUACAGAGCUACGGUAACGAUCGCUACAACGUGGCCAAUCCCGGGGAUCAGUUCGACAGGCUCAGCCAAGACCGGUACGACAGGUUCUCGAAUCCGGUCAGCAACGGGGAUCGAUUCACACCUUCGACCACUGCUACUGAUCGUUUUCACUCUGCUGCUGAUCGAUACUCUCCGGCUCGUACCGCGGACAAGUACUUGUCUCUGCCUAAGCCCAAAGACCGAUAUACCGGUCGCAUAACACCGAUCUCCUCCUGCGGCACCUCGGUCGCCGCCGCCGCCUCCACCGACCGGACUUAUGGCUCGUCCAACGCCACCGGAAGCUACGUACCACCAACGGCCCACACGCCGGUCGAACGAUACGUGCCUCAGCCGCCUCCGGAGGUGCUGUACCCGGACAGAUACGUCGACAGGUACGUGCCACCCUCGGCACACACGCCGACGGAUCGUUACGUGCCCACCAACGAUCCCGGUGACCCGUACAUGAGACGAGAUCUCGGCUUCCACCAUCAUUACCGGCUACCACCGCCUGCCGGAUAUCCGUACCAUCAGUCGCACUUCCGGCUACGCGGUUUCGCUUACGCGUCACCGGGCCGCCUGGGAGGGAGUCCCGGCUCCAGUAGCUCCAGCAGCUCCGCGUCCAACCAGAGAGACGGUUUCUCCAUGUCGCCGUUGUUGAGACCCAAAGUGCGAGCGUCGGCUGUCGAAUUCCCGACCACGUCCACCGGUGUCGUCGGACGUCACGUCUGCACCAAUCCACCGUCUUGCUGCAACGAGGCUUCCGGGAACGGGAGGUCGUGCUGUCAGGCGAUCAGGAGGUCCCUGCCACCUGGAGCCCUGCCUUCGAUAUCCACGCAGCCAUCUUGGUGA